AUGGGAUCUUUACUUUUUCUCAAAGAAGUCUUCUUCAGGGAUGGUGGACUUCGUUUCGGUGAGAUGGAACGGGACUGUCAGAUUUCUCAUGGAGCAGCGCAGUUCCUGAGAGAGCGCCUUUUUGAAGUAUCCGAUCCAUAUCAUGUAUAUAUUUGCAACAACUGCGGAUUGAUUGUCAUAGCUAAUCUACGCACCAACUCAUUUGAGUGCAAAGCGUGUCGCAAUAAGACGCAAGUAUCAGCGGUUCGCAUUCCGUAUGCAUGUAAACUGCUGUUUCAGGAAUUAAUGUCAAUGUCGAUAGCACCUCGUCUGAUGAUUUCUUAA